GGGCGGCGAUGGCGGCGGGGCGUCGGAGCGGAGGGUGCCGGCCUGGAGGAGUUCGCGGGGCAGAGCUGGAGCGCAUGGGUGGAACGGGCCGGAGCGGGCACCGAGAUGGCAGGGUCGGGGUCGGAGCUGGAGGAGAGCGGGAAGAGCAGUGCCAGAAGGCUGGAUGCCAUGACCCUGAUCAAGGAAGACAUGAGCAUCUUUGGGCAGUGCCCAGCACAGGACGAGUUCACCUGGUGGUCCUGCAGCCACUGCAGUCAGGUGGUGAAGCCCAGCCUUCAGAAGCACUGCGAACGUCGCCACGGCCCCCUGGGCAAGCUGCACACCCUGUGCCACCAGCCACCCAAGAUGCCCACCUCAACUGGGACAGCCGGUGCCGGAGGGACCCCCGGGGGGGGCAGAAUAAGCGUUACGGACAAGGCAGGCAACCUCUGUUUGUUUGUGCUUUGGUUAAACCUGGAGAAGAUUCCCAGCAUUCCCAAACCGGAGGGCUGCAGGGGCUUAAGGUGCCCCCCCAGGCCUGUACCCCACCACCUCCAAAGGAAACCCCCUGGGGAAACCUGCCACCCCCACCCGCCCAAGGCCCCCCCCAGCAACCCGGGGGUGGGGGGGACUCGGCCAUGCCCGCCGACCACACCCAGCUGCAAAACCCCAGAGCACAGGGAGAAGGAGGGGGGGGCUUCCAAACCCCACCCCAGGUCCCACAGGAAAAUGGCACGCAAGGAGUGUGACCUGAACCGUCAGUGCGGAGUCCUCAACCCCGACACCAACAAGAUCUGCACCCGACUGCUGACCUGCAAGAUCCACUCGGUUCACCAGCGCCGGGAGGUUCGGGGUCGGGCCAAGGACUUUGACAUCUUGGUGGCCGAGCUGAAAGCCAACGCCCGCAGAGGGGACACCCCCAAAGACAGGAGCCCCCUGGCAAGGAGCUACGCCCCCCCCCGCCGCCCCCCCACCCCAGCAGGACCCUUCCGAGCCUCCCCAGCCCCUCGCCAGCCCCCCCAGCAUCGCUUCUCCCUGCCGAGCCAAGCCCCCCCACUGCCCCCUCCCCAGGGCUCGGCUCUCUCUGACAGUGACCCUGAGGAUGCACCUGGGCAGGGGGGCAGGGGGGUGUUUCCCCUUCGCCCCACUCAACAAGGGGGGCAACCGGUCUCGAGCGAGGAGAGCGAGGAGGAGGGGGGUGCGAGGAGCCCCCCGACCCCUACGAGACCCCCCCGGCCGCAGGCGUUUUGCACCUUCGGGAGCCGCCUGGUCAGCCCGGGCUGUUACGUCUUCAACCGGCGGCUGGACCGGUUCUGUGCGGCUCGCUCCAUGCUGGACCCGGCACUCAGCGCCCACCGCUGGAGGAAGAUCCCUCCAGCUGCUGAGCCCCCUCCCCCCCCGCCCCACCCCCCCCCCCCCCAGCCCCUCCGCUGCCCCUGCAGCCCCGCUCCCCUUCAUGGGCCCCCCCAACUCCUCCCCCCGUCCGUGCCCCCCCCCGGCACACGGGAGGGUCGGGUCCCCUCCAGCCUCAGUUACACCGUGGGCCCCCCCGCGGCAGCCGCCUGCAGUCAGCCGGAGUGCGGGGGGGGGGGUAGCCAGUCCAUCACCUCCCCCCUGCCCGCCCACACCCCCUCCCCCUCCUUCAGCAAAUUGCCCCCACCAAAGCCAGCAGCAAAUCCGCCCGAGCCCGCGACCCCCCCCUCCCCCGCACGGAGCCGAGCCCCGCACGGAAGCCCCUCCCCCAGCGGCCCCCCCCUAUCAUAA